UGGGGGGGAGGAGGGAGGAUGCAGGAAUGUUGCUGUGUGUGGGACUGGUAUGAGUUGGGGCCUGUCCACACAGUGAGAGUGGCCUCCGCUGGCUCCUGGAGGGCUCCUGGGGGUGCUGUCCCAUCCCUUGGCCUUGCUGGAGACACGAGUGGGGUGUUGCAUCUCUCUCUCAAUGCAGAAGCCAUGAGGAUUAACCAGAACACUGUGCUGCAAGGACAGAGGGUGACCCUGGUGCCAUACACAUCUGCACAUGUGCCCCGGUACCAUGAGUGGAUGCAGUCGGAGGAGCUGCAGCGCCUCACCGCCUCGGAACCACUCAGCCUGGAGCAGGAGUAUGAGAUGCAGCGCAGCUGGCGGGACGACCCAGACAAGUGCACCUUCAUCGUGCUGGACACGCAGCGGCGGUCGGGGCAGGCACAGGAGGAUGAGGACUGCAUGGUGGGGGAUGUCAACCUCUUCCUCACCAACACUGAGGAUCCGACUUUGGGCGAGAUUGAAAUUAUGAUCGCAGAGCCCAGCUACCGAGGCAGAGGGUUUGGCAAGGAGGCAACUCUGAUGAUGAUGUCCUAUGGAGUGAGAAACCUGGGGAUCACCAAAUUUGAGGCUAAGAUUGGUCUGGAAAACGAAGCCAGUAUCUGCAUGUUCAAAAAGCUUCAUUUUAAGGAGGUUGCUGUGAACAGUGUUUUCCAAGAGGUGACACUGAGGCUGGAUGUCAGUGACCAGGAGAGACGGUGGCUCCUGGAACAGACAAAUCACGUGGAAGAGAAGAGCUACGUUGAACUGAAGCUGCCAGCUGGGGUGCCAGAGACCUGACAGACACAUCCAGGCACGGGCCUGGUUUCCAGGGAGGAGCUGGAUGCUGCUGCGAGGUCUGGCUGUGGAGGACACCAAUGAGCCAACGCUGCACUUAACUGUUCUCAUCUGUCUCCUUUGGGUACUUUGUCAUCAUGUCAACUUCGCACCUUGUUGCAUCAGCCAGGAAUACUGCCUGAAAUUUGGACCUGGAGAGCGGCCACUAAUUCACAGGCUUGACCAGGAAUGACUGUAACCUUAACAUGCUGUUCCAGCAGAGCCUAAAAUCACCAGCAAUUAAUUGAUUCCUAGUGUGACCAGUUUCUGGACGAGCAGCACCCACUGUUCUUUCUUCCACUGCCCAUAGAGCAGGAUUCAUCAGCUGGACAGAGGCAGUCUCAGUGUGCUGGUAGCUCAGCCUGUCUUCUCUUGAAUAAAAACACUGACAAAAUUCGGAGGUUUUCCCAGAGCUGUCUGGGAGCAGUGUGGCUCGGCUGCUCGCUUUGGCUGCUGAAAGGGUGGUUAGGAGUUGUAAAGCACAGCAGGGAGUCUUUGAACCCUAUUUUCUGGGGUGUGGUGGGCUGCAGGGUCCUGGAGCGAGCAGCUCAGGUGUGGGUCAGCACAACCAAAGGGCAAGUGAUGAAAAUUAUUGAUAUCAGCCAACUGAGAGUAGAGCAGAGCCUCACCACGGAGGCUGUGUCACGGGGGAACUGGCAGCUGCUGAGACAAAACCCCACGCGGAGUUUCGGGACCGUGCUUUGGCCCGUUGCUGCCUGUUAACGAGCGCGGAGCUGGAAACCUCAGGCCAUCAGUGAAAGGGAUAUUGCACCUUGUUUGACCAGGCUGCUUUUAUGAAAGCAAGGAGGAGGAGAACACAACUGAGAGGAGAUACAGCAGCGAUCCCUGUCUUGGAGGAGCUCAGGACUUGCUCUGCUGAGCCUGGAGGCUGCUUUCGCCGCUCUUCGGUAGGAUGAACGCGGAGGGGGAUAGAAAUCUUCCUGGGGACAGAUAUAUUGAGGGGAGGAGUUGGCCAGCCCGCUUCCACCGUGGUGUUGAUGAGAUCUAUCGCUGAAGAAGAGGGACUUGCCUGACUCCCACUGGACAGAGCGUUCAAUGCAGUUGUUCAGCCUGACCUCUCCUGCCCCAGGCAGCGUGCUCUCCACAGCGGGGCAGCUCGCUGAGAGGAGAGGACAGAAGGUAAGGAGGAUAACUGACGCUCCUGCAUGUUUUCCCACCACAAUAGCAGCUGUAACAGCAGCUAAUUCUAGACCAGAAAUUAUUUGUUCCAAUUGCAAAGUGUCAGGUAAUAGCUUUCAGCUUUGCCCAGGGGGGUUUUUAUUGGAGACUGGUAGGCUGUGGAAUUUUUAGUGUUGCUGUGCCCGUAUUUUUAGGGCCUGGGGGUUUUAGUUUUCCAAUUUUAGUUCAUUUAAAUGCAUUCUUCCUGUGACUAAUAUUAAAGCCAAGUGUGGGAA